GCGAGCGGAUGAUCCGUGAAGGGGCCUCGGCGGUGCACACCGAUGUCGUCGAGCUUUGGACCUACCUCAGCAUCAUGGCCGUCAAUUAUUUGUACUGCGGGCAUUUCCCUCGCGACCAAUGGCGCGCAAGCCCGCAACUGCACGCCGGUCAGCGCGCCGCAAUAACCCAGAUUCAGAAGUCGGUCGAGUGGUUUGUCGCCGGUUACCCGCAGGACGUAGCAGCUCCGGACUGGGGCGCGCAGCUUUCGAGACAGAAGGCUAGCUACGAUUUGCACGAAGAUUCUGCGGCCCUCCCGGUGAAGCUGGCGGAGAUCCUGCCAGAGGCGAAGCAAGUUGCCACUCGCGACGUCUCGGACUUCUGUGACGGCGAGAUGCGGGCCUGGUUGUCCGACCCGCUCAGGGUCAUGCUUCCUCCAUCGGAGUGGCCAGAAGCAGCACCACGUGCGCGUGCUAACGUGGCUCGCCGGGAGGAUUACUACGACCUCGCGGCGCACCUCUACACCGUGGGGGUUUUGACCACCAUUGAGCCAGAUCAGAUUUUCUCUUACAAGGAGAGAAAGGUCACAGCAGAAAUCUUUGAGAUCGGGAAGUCGGGUGCCAAGCCAGCCGGCGUAGAGCGAUUGGGACGCCUCAUCGUGAACUUGGUGCCUACGAGUGCGUUCUUUCGGACCUUGUAUGGCGACAUCGACACUUUGCUGGCCAGCCCCAUGUGGGCGAAAGUAUCGCUCCAGCCGGGGCAGGGCCUCUUGUGGACCUCACGCGAUCAGCAGGGCGCAUUCUACGUGUGGCGAUUGCCGUCGGUUUGGCAUAAGUUCCUUGCCUGGGCUUGGCCUGUGCCCGGGCGCCGCCUCGGGCUCGAGGUCGAGUGGGCGUGGCUCGCCAUGGCCGUCCUCCCCAUGCGGUGGCUGUACUCCGUCACCGUCUUCCAGCGAAUUCACCGCCGUCUCGCUCUUGGCUGGGCGCGUGACCCGCUGCGGGGCUCAGGUUCCACUCAGCCUCCGGGGUGGGCGGAAUGGCGGAAGGACCGCGACAUGCCUAUCCACCUGGCCGGCGGCCUGCCGAGCGAAGAGGCGGUCACCAGGUGCAGGCCCGCCCUGGGAUGGUGGCAGGCCUACAUCGACAAUUUCGACCUCGCCGAGUUCGUGGAGCUCUGCCGGGCGGAUGCUUUCGUCGGCUCUGACGCCGCCGACGCGCUGCACAUGGACCAGUGGACCAGGUCUAUGCGGCGAACGGUCUCGCGGAUGGGGGCGCGGGACGAUCAGCGAGUCGGUCGCAUCUCCAAUGCGCCGCCCCGCGGCUUGCUGCCGCUGGGCCUCCUCUCGCACUGCCUUGGACUUGGGGAGCUGCCGCCCCAUGCGCUCCCGGUCCUGCUUGGGAAGUUCGUCCGGGAAAUGGAGUUCCGCAGGCCGUUGUAUGCAGUCUUCCAUUGCGUGUGGGCCAAUGCCAAUGUCAACACGCAGUACCUGAACAUGGGCAUGGUUAGCGAGCUGUUGCACGCGGCAGCUUCGCUGGCACUCUGCUCGACGGACCUUCGAGCCAGGAUCGAAGGCCUCCCUCUCUGUUCAGAUGCCAGCGAGACUGGCGGUGGCUGGUGUCAGGCAGUUGGUCUUGCGGAGCACGCCAGCGACUUCUUAAAGUGGGCCUAUGCGACGGGAUUGCUGGCCUGCCUGUCGCGGUUCAUCGCCUUGGGGCCUGAUUGGCUGGGCACCUCAGCUCCGAAGCUGACCCUGCAGAUUGGCGUGUUGUCCGGAUUCGCUGGCCUGGAGCGGUCGAUUUGGGGGGGCGCCCCUGAGGUCGAUCAGCGCACGGUGUGCGCCGUGGCAGGAGCUUGCGGGGACACCGCCAAUAUCGUCAUCAUUGGGGUUGGAGCUUCGUCGCAGGAUCUGUCCGACGUCGCGCGGAGAGCCCUCAUCGUCAUCGCGAUGUCCCAGAAGGCCUUCACCGUGCUGGUGGCUCGGUUUGUCGAGAACGUCGCUUCUAUGACGCCCGAGGCCCGGAACAUGUUCACAGAGUGCUUGAAGGUGAAGCCAGUGUUCAUGUGCGCGUCGUUGUUCGGGGACGUAUCUCGCCCUCGACUCUUCUGGUGUUCCUGGCAGCUUCAAACGCUUCCAGGUGCCGUCGUAGUCGAGACGACCGAAUAUUUCAAGGUCGAAGCCAUUGGAGCGCAUGCUCUGGAGCCUUCGUGCUGGCUCUCACGGGGUGCUCGCAGAGCUUCGUCGGCCAAGCCUCUGCCCACAUUCUGCCGUAGGAUUCCGAGGAGCACCCCGCGCAAGCCCAGGGGCCUUGACAGCACCUCCGACGACGGCAAGGUCCGCUGGGCCGAGGACAGGUACGCGUACCCGCCUUACCGGUAUAGUGUAGAGAACAUGAUCCAGGAGGGCCCCGACCGCAUGCUGCGGCCGCCCAACUCGGAGGAAAGGGAGGCAUUGCUCGGCUUCCCAGCGCACUACACUUCUGUAGCCAUCAAGAGCGGCUCAAGCGAGUCCGAGGACGUGCGUUGCUCUCACUUGAGCAAUUCCUUCCACUGCGGCGUGGUCGCCCGGCUGGUCCAGCACGCCCUCCUGGCCGGCCGCGUCCUGCAGGAGCCGGCAGACAUUGGAGAGCUUACCAGGGUGUUCAAGGUCAGGAGGUUCGACCAGGUGAAGGUCCGGCUGGUGCGCGAAACUGCCGUGGACUCGCCAGCCGCCCGCGCACUCAUUGGGUUAUACCUUGCAGCAGCGGAGCGCGGCGGGUCCGACGUGAGGCUGGAUUUGGGCUCGCCGCUUCGGCCGCGGGCCUGGCCGCGCGCCGCCAUCAGCCCAGCUUUGUGUCGCUGGCGGCUAGGGCGCUGCUUCCGGUGGGCCUCGAAGGGCAAUUCUCACAUCAACGCGUUGGAGUUGCGCGCUGCCCUGGCCGCGGUGCGUUGGAAAACCCAGAGCACAGACUUCACCAAGGUGCGCUUCCUCAUUUUGGUGGAUUCGCAGGGGGGUGCUGCUUUUCUUACGCGGUGCAGGUCGGGCUCAUCGAAGCUGAAGCAGCACGCAAAGCAGUGGUCGGCCCUUUGCUCGGCUCGCGGGCUGCACCCAGCGGUGGCCCACGCGCGCACCGACCUCAAUCCAGCCGACAAGCCUUCUCGAGCUUUUGCCCGCGAAGAUAGGAUAGGAUAG